AUAUAUAAUGUAAUAUUGGGGUGCGCUUUUUCUCCGUUCAUCACAUCACCUUCCUCACACAUUAUUAAGCAGCUAAAAGAGCUAACACUAGCGCUCCGUGAUCCGCAUUUUGGUGAUCCGGUGGCCGCGAUGGAUUCUCGGGAACCGCCUCAGCCACAACUGCCAAACAUGUUGGUGGGACCCACUUCUUACCCUUCCAUGAUGGCCCCCGCCACCGCCCGAUUCCCAUUCAACAGCAACAACCCUUCCGAGCCUCUCAACAUCAACAACAACAUCAACAACACCAACGACGACGACAACAACAACAACAUCAUCAACAACAACAACAACAGUACCAGCGCCACGUGCGAGGCCCUCAAGCCGUGCGGGCUUUCCUCCGACUCGGCGAAGAAGAAGAGAGGGCGGCCCAGAAAAUACUCGCCUGAUGGCAACAUCGCCUUGGGCCUGGCCCCAACUCCGGCCCACGCAGCCUCUUCUUCUUCCGCCCCCUCCACCGAACCACUCGCCAAGAAGAACCGGGGACGCCCUCCGGGCUCUGGGAAGAAGCAGAUGGACGCCCUCGGAACCGGCGGAACUGGUUUCACUCCCCAUGUCAUCUUGGUUGAUUCCGGCGAGGAUAUUGCUGCAAAAAUUAUGGCCUUUUGUCAACAAGGACCCAGGACAGUUUGCAUUCUUUCUGCUAAUGGUGCUAUCCGUAAUGUUACGCUUCGACAGCCAGCAAUGUCUGCGGGUACUGUGACGUAUGAGGGUCAAUUUGAGAUUAUAUCACUUUCAGGUUCUAUAGUACUAUCUGAAAAUAAUAGUGGUCGUAACAAACUGGAUGGCCUGAGUGUGUCUCUAGCAGGGUCAGAUGGACGAGUAUUGGGUGGUGGAGUUGCUGGAACGCUUACUGCAGCAUGCCCAGUGCAGGUGAUUGUGGGUAGCUUUAUUGCUGAUGGCAAAAAGUCAAGCUCAAGUAACCUGAAAUCUGGACCUUCUUCAACGCCAUCGACCCAAAUGUUAACGUUUGGUGCUCCUUUGACUCCAACCAGUCCUACUUCGCAAGGGCCUUCAACUGAGUCCUCUGAGGACAAUGAGAAUGGUCCUUUUAGUAAGGGUCCAGGACUCUACAAUAAUGCUAGCCAGCCCAUUCAUAAUAUGCCGAUGUACCAUCAUCAAUUAUGGGCUGGCCAAACUCAGCAGUGAUGAUGUGCUUUAGGUUUAACAAUGCAGAAGCAGGGUAUUUGCAUGAUGAUUGUUCAAAGUAGUGACUAGAGGUCAAAUUCUAAAAUCUAACACGCACUAUUGGGGCCGAUUUAGGAGUCUCAAGGUCUAAAUCUAUCUAUCUAUUUAUCUAUUUAUUUUUCUGUUGAUUAGGAUUUUUAAAUCAUAAUUGAAACACUGCCAGUGAUGAUAGCUUUUGGUUAUUUGAGCUUAUCCGCUAGUGUUCAUUAGAUAUAUGAGUUAUGUUCCCGUAAUCCGAGAAGCAUAUUCCUUUUCUAAAUU